AUGCAGUCAGGAGCCUCGCUGAUGGCAGAAGAUGGACACAAGGCCCAGACCUCAGCUGAGAUCUGGGGCAGGGAGCUCAUCAAUGCAGACAAAAGUGUGCCAUGGCGUGCACUCCAUCACUGUGACGUGUGGCUCCCAGACCCAGCGUGGAGCGGUGGGCGUAUUGUGGAAGUCUAUGAGAGCUUUGACACCACGGAUAGCAGCCUCUGUGAGUGGUCCUCUCCCACUGUGGCUCUGUACCCUUUAUCUGGCUGCAAUGCUUUCAUGCACACUGCCCAUUGCCAGCCACAGAGUCCCAGAGCUAUGUCCGAAGGGGCCCACACUGUCCCAGCACAAAAAUAA